GACUGAGGUCACCAGCCCUACUAUCGGCCUAGUAUAUGUGUUAUACGUACAAUGUAGAAGCUUUUUGGAACAUUCUUCCGCCCGCCGAGUGGGCGGCCGAAAUGAAUAUUCCCAAUGGGCGCGCUAACACUCCGAGGAACACGAUUGGAUGCAUGCGCAAUAUGGCAAGGAAAGACGAUUUGCGAUAGUAACCUGUACUGAUGUGCUCGGUCGUCAUAUAAAUGGGCGUGAGCCAUCCUGUGGAGUGUCCGUAACCAAGCCUAAAGAUUUGGACAACCGCGACAAUGUACGCCCUCAUCGCCCUUCUCGGCGCGUCCAGCGUCUUGGCUGUUCCUGCUCCUGCAAAGCGCGCAGACAUCAAAUGCCCCAUCGUCUUCGAUGGACGUGUGCCUACCGCCUGGGCAGCGGACCCCACGCAGUUCGACACGUAUGCGACCAAUACCAUCUUCAAUCCUGACUACGUCAAGGGCAACGAUCUUAAGUGGAGCGGGAUUCUUAAGUUUCCCAAUGUCACUAAGUCGCGCUUUGACACUGCAGAGCACACUCCUCUCGAAGUGACAAUCAGCGACCAGAGUAUUUUCCAACAACAGAAGGGAUUCAGGCGCGCAGGUUUGCAAUUCUUGAAAGAUGCUGCGGAUGGACCGGGACAGACGGGUGUGAAGACGCUACACUUCAGCGUGAAGCAAGACCCUUCCAGGCCGCUGAACCUGACACAUGAGUACCUUAACGUCUGGCACGAAAAAGCCGACUACUCCGCCGACCAAAUCCAAUUCCAAACCGGCACGCUCAUCGGCAAGAGCGGCGCAGAUAAGAACAAAUUUCAGAUUUUGGAUCAGAACAACAAGCAGCUAUACUCUACCGCCACAGACAAGUCGCAAUGGCAGAACUUUGCCAUCAAGCUCGACUACACUAAGAACCAGGUCACCAUCUACUACUCUGCUGGCGAUGCUGCUCUCAAGUCGGUCGCGGGUCCUACCUCUGCUUCGUUGUCGGGCGGUGGUCAAUUCCAGAUUGGUAUCCUCAAGAAGCCGACUGGAACGUCGGAUGUGGUCAACGGUGGAUACCAAGAGAGCAACUUGAACGAGGGACAGAUCUAUGGCGGCAUCUUCCUAGAGGACAGUGCCAAUAACUGUGUGUCGCUAUAGUUUGGCGCUAGUAAAAACAGAAACAUGUCUCCGAGGAACAACGUCCAGACUUGUACAUAUAUGCCUUGAACAUUAGGACUUUCCUAGGUAGAAACGAGACACUAACCAAC